GGCCUGGCUGCGCCUGCGCAAGUCACUGGCGCCAAGAUGGCUAUGGAGAUGCGGCUUCCUGUUGCUCGUAAGCCUCUUAGCGAGAAUCUAGCCCGCGAGAAUAAGAAACACCUGGUGGUGCCGGGCGACACGAUCACUACGGACACGGGCUUCAUGAGGGGUCAUGGAACCUAUAUGGGUGAAGAAAAGCUUAUUGCAUCAGUUGCUGGUUCUGUGGAAAGAGUAAACAAAUUGAUCUGUGUGAAGGCUUUGAAAACCAGAUACAUUGGUGAAGUGGGAGACAUUGUGGUGGGGAGAAUCACAGAGGUUCAACAGAAGAGAUGGAAGGUGGAGACCAAUUCCCGGCUGGACUCAGUUUUGCUUCUUUCUUCAAUGAAUCUUCCUGGAGGAGAGCUGAGGAGAAGAUCUGCAGAGGAUGAGCUGGCCAUGAGAGGCUUCUUACAGGAAGGGGACCUUAUCAGCGCUGAGGUGCAGGCUGUGUUCUCUGAUGGAGCUGUCUCCCUGCACACCAGGAGUUUAAAAUAUGGAAAAUUAGGUCAGGGUGUUUUGGUCCAAGUUUCCCCCUCCCUUGUGAAACGACAGAAGACUCACUUCCAUGAUUUGCCAUGUGGCGCCUCAGUGAUUCUGGGUAACAAUGGCUUCAUCUGGAUCUACCCAACCCCCGAGCACAAAGAGGAGGAUGCAGGAGGCUUCACUGCCAAUCUGGAGCCUGUCUCCCUUGCUGACCGAGAGGUGAUCUCCCGGCUUCGGAACUGCAUUGUGUCGCUGGUAACUCAGAGGAUGCUGCUGUACGAUACCAGUAUCCUGUAUUGCUAUGAAGCAUCCCUUUCCCAUCAGAUCAAAGACAUCCUAAAGCCAGAAAUAAUGGAGGAAAUUAUAAUGGAGACACGCCAGAGACUGUUAGAACAGGAGGGAUAGAGGAAGCACCUGGAGGAUGGAGCUGUGUGUACUGUGUAAUCUGAGGUUCCAUGUGCAAGUUCGGUGGAGACCUGGGACACUCAUUUGACCUCUAUCAGACUGCCUCCCACUGCACACCUGCUUUCUCUUGUUCUAAGAUAAACCCUGGGCAAGGUGAAUAGUGCUGCUGACCUGACCACCUGCGUUGCUUGAAGUGUCAGCACUAGGGGUAGUCUAGCUUUCCAGCUGAGUCUAAAUUCCCAUCCUGGAAUAAUAGACUCUUUUGUCUUCUGCUCACCAUCUUGUCACUUUCCUGCCAUACACAAUGCCCCGUGAAAUCGCCCCUAUAAAAACAUGGCCUCCCUGCCCUUUAAAUUGUUUGUUUUGGCCUCUAUCCUCAUCUCCUCUACAGCCCGAGUAUGUCACUGAAGAAUACAACAAAGUGAACCCAGCAGUCAAAUAGAAGCUAAAGCUAACCGAGCAGCCUUUUGCUUGGUUGGAAUCCUACUUUCCCAUCACAUGCUUACGUAGAUGGCAUAUGUGUCUACACUAAGCUGUCUUCAUCUUUCCUGCUUUUGAGGAUGACUUUUACAAAGUCGAAAAGUCUAUAGUGAAUGAAUGUUUCUGGGUGCUCUAAUACACAUGAAAACAGGAAAAUUGAGACAGAAAAAAAAAUUCUCCCCCUGUAACUGCAGUAAUAAUGUAACAAUUUUUUUAAUAGUUCAGGGUUAAAAGGUAAAGUAAGGUGUUGAAGUUUUUAAUUUUUUAUUAGUGAUUUAAAAUGAUUAAUAAGAUUCUAAGAUAACAGUGGGGGGUACAGGCCAUGGUACACUUGAUUAAGUGCACACAUUACAGUGUUCAAGGACUGGGGUUCAAGCCCCUGGUCCCCACCUGCAGGGGAAAGCUUCCUGACUGGAGAAGGCAAGGCUGCAAUUACCUCGCUCUGUCUCUCUCUCCCUAUUUCCUUCUUCAUUCUAAAUUUCUCUGUUUCUAUCUGAUAAUAGUAAUAAAGAAAAGAUAACAGGUACAAUUCCACACAGUCCCAACAUUAGAGUUCUGUGCCCCAUCCACUUUUAUUGGAAGAUUCCCUAUUCUUUAUCCCUCUCUGGGAGUAUGGACCAGAAUUCUUUACGGGAUGCAGAAAGUAGAAGGUCUGACUUCUGUAAUUGCUUCUCUGCUGAACAGGGGACGUUGGUAGAUUGACCCAUACCCCCAGCCUGUUUCUGUCUUUCCCUAGUGGGGUAGGGCUCUGGAGAGGUGUGGUUCUGGGACAUAUUGGUGAGGUCUGCCCAGGGACGUCAAGAUGGCAUCAUGGCAGCAUCUGCAAUUUGGUGGCUGAAAGGUGGCAUGAUAUAAAGCAAGUUGUUGAAUCAACAGGUACCCAAAGGUGGGAAUAGUGCAAAUGAAACUAGGGGUCUUUGUGUGGGAGGAAUCUGGGAAGUUGAUUUUUAGGUACAUCUCAUGACUUUAGUAAUUUUUGCUUGAGCCUUUCAGUUAGUUAUAUAGGCAGACUAAAAGUAUUGUCUGUGAAGCUGUGUCAUACUUGAGAAUAGAACUACUAGAAAGCUGGAUUGGGCAGAGAGUAGCUCCCAAAUAUAAGGAAAGUAUAUAAAUACCAUUAACUGUUAACCCUGUCAAUCUGACCUAGAGCUCUUGUCUAUUCAUAGUUAGGACAGGAGCCUGUGUAACCUCUGAGUCCCUGUCAGUCUGAGCUCACAUUCCAUGGUCACGGCUAGGAACAUUCUAGGCUGCACUCAUUUCAGGACCAGUUUUCCUUAAGUGGCAUAAAAGGUUGACCCGGUCUCUCUUCAGAGAGUGGAAGGUGUUGAUUUUUUUUUUUUUGGUAUGUUAUUUGUUUAUUGGAGAGACAGCCAGAAAUUGAGAGAGGGGGAAGACAGGGAGAGAGACAAUUGCAACCCUGCUUCACCACUUGUGAAGCUUUUCCCCUGCAGGUAGGGGCCAGGGGCUCGAAGUCCAGUCCUUGCCUACUGUAACAUGUGCUCAACCAGGUGCACCACCACUGGCCCCUGAAUUUUUUUUUUUUGCCUCCAGGGUUAUCCCUGGCGCUCAGUGCCUGCUCUACAAAUUCACUGCUCCUGGUGGCCAUCUUUUUCCCCAUUGUUGUUGCUGGAUAGGACAAAGAGAGAUUGAGAGAGCAGAGGGAGAUAGACACCUGCAGACCUGCUUCACUGAAGCGACCUCCCUGGGGAGCUGGCGGCUCGAACUGGGAUCCUCGCACCAAUCCUUGCACUUUACACUGUGCACUUAACCCGGUGCACUACUGCUGGGCCCCUGGUGUUAAAGUUUUUAUUAAGGAAUGCUACUGAUUUGUUACUGAUGAAUAUCUAAAAAUCAGUGCUCUGGAUUAGAUUAAUGACAUGACAUGAAUUGCUAUUUUUAAAAAAAAAUUUUUUAAAUGUUGCAUUAGUGGUCCAGGAGGUGGCACAGUGAUAAAGCUUUGGACUCUCAAGCAUGAGGUCCUGAGUUCGAUUCCCCGGCAGCACAUGUGCCAGUGAUGUUGGUUCUUUCUCUCUCCUCCAAUCUUUCUCAUUAAUAAAUAAAAUCUUUUUUAAAAAAAAAGUGGCAUUAGCAUCACUGUUUUCUGCUUGUGCACUGUGUAAUACUUAGAUGCCGAGUACAGUACAAUUGGAGGAGGGCUGAGCAGAUACACAUUUGCCUGACCGUGACCCUACUGUGGGUUACUAAGCAACAUUUAAACCCAGGGCAGUUUCAGUGUUACUAACCUUGAACACUUCAUUGUUUUGAAAUCUGGCUUGUUUCUUUUUCAUUAAAUGACAUAUCAUUAUGACAUUAUUCAUUAGAUAAAUUUCUCUCAUUUGCCCUUCUAUUCCAUUUGUGCCACCUGUCUUGAGUUUGUAAGCACCUGGUCAUUCUUUGGUUGCCCAAGAUUUAUCUACUUAGUGGCCCAGGAGGCGGAGCCGUAAAUAAAGAAAGUGUUGUUGAACUCUUUCAAGCA